CCGUGAUACCAGCACAAAGGAGAAGCAGGGGCCGAGUGAGCACCAUGUGGGCUGAGCAGUCUGCGGAGAGAGAGGCAGACAGGGAAGUAGCAGCGAGGCCCGGGGACAAACAGUGAAAGGUGCGUUGACUCACACUUGGUUUCCUCUGGCUACAAGAACUUCAGCCGGGACCGGAUUUGAACAAAGACGGGGCGAUUAUGCCACGAGGACGAGGAUACGUCACCGUGGUGUCUGCGGACUCAGCAGCUCGUGCCGGUCGGGGACUCCUCGGGUUCGUGUGAGUGAUUCAUCCGUGAGUACCGCUCGGCGUGCGAGGGGGGAGGGGAGGACGCUGCAGCCUGGGUCCCCGUCCGUCAACAAGAGGUGACCCCGGAAUAGCCACACCACAGGGCAGGAGGUCAUGCAGACCGCACGCAGACCUCUCCAACAAAGGGCCUCGGAUGACCGAUGAGCGAGCGCCUCGCUCUCCUCCGCCUUCACGGUGACUCUGCCUCUGCUCACACAGCCACACCUACGCGGCGCCACUCCCAUCGGACACAAUGUACGGCACCACCGGCAACGCCUCGCUCAACUCCACGUGCGCCAAACACGACGAGUUCAAGUACCCGCUGUACAGCGCGGUGUUCAGCAUCGUCUUCGUGGUGGGGCUGAUCACCAACGUGGUGGCCAUCUACAUCUUCACCUGCUCGCUGAAGCUCCGCAACGAGACCACCACGUACAUGAUGAACCUGGUGGUGUCCGACCUGCUCUUCGUCUUCACGCUGCCGCUGCGCGUCUUCUACUUCAUCAACGUCGACUGGCCCUUCGGCAGCAUGCUCUGCAAGGUGUCCGCCUCGCUCUUCCACACCAACAUGUACGGCAGCAUGCUCUUCCUCACGUGCAUCAGCGUGGACCGCUUCCUGGCCAUCGUGCACCCGUUCCGCUCCCGCGCCGUGAGGACCAAGCGCAACGCCAAGAUGGUGUGCGCCGCCGUGUGGGUGCUGGUGCUGUCGGGCAGCCUCCCCACGGGCUUCCUGCUGGAGUCCACCACCCACGAGAACGCCACCAACGCCACCUUCUGCUUCGAGAACUUCUCCUCCACGCAGUGGAAGUCCCACCUGUCCAAGGUGGUGAUCUUCAUAGAGACCGUGGGCUUCUUCAUCCCGCUGCUGCUCAACGUGGGCUGCUCGGUCAUGGUGCUGCAGACCCUGCGCCGGCCCCAGGUCGUCAGCCGCGGGGGCAAGCUCAACAAGAAGAAGAUCCUGCGCAUGAUCAUCGUGCACCUUUCCAUUUUCUGCUUCUGCUUCAUCCCCUACAACGUCAACUUGGUUUUCUACGCCCUCGUCCGCACCAAGACGUUGACCGGCUGCUUCGCGGAGUCCGUGGUGCGGACCAUCUUCCCGAUAGCCCUCUGCAUCGCCGUGUCGAACUGCUGCUUCGAUCCCAUCGUUUACUACUUCACCUCGGAGACCAUCCAGAACUCCAUCAAGAGGAAGUCCCAGACCAACAGCAAGUAUGACGUCAUGGUCUCCGAGGCGCUGCAGUCAGAGACAGCUGGCUCCAGCCUGCACUUCAGCCUGAGGAACUUCAAAGCGAAAGUCUUCCACAGCGAGUCUUCAGUCUGACAGAGGGUUACGCUCCACAGUUAGAGCCGUUGAAUGAAUCCCUCCAUAGAAACAGACAAACAAGCCUCCACUGGAUGACGAGUGCUUCGAGCACUUGCCGCGGAAGUGUUAUGUGACGUCAGUCUUCCUCUCAGGGCGAAUGUGUGGACCUGCCACCGCGGGCCUUGGCUCUGGAGCGCUGCUGCUACGCCAGCCUUUGUUCUCAUCUGUGGAUCUGUCAAUGCUACUUACUAACGUCUGUGUCCUGUGGAAUACACUGUACAUGUGUUUAGCAACUGAGCGACGCGGAGGGCGACAUAGUGCUAGCCGUUAGCACAAACGUUAGGAUGCUAAAUGCUACGCGCCUGUAAAGAUGUACAUUUCUGUUGUGGUGCUAACUUUAGAAAACAGCAGUAUAUAUUAAAUUAACUCAAAGUUAUUUCAAGCUAUAGGUUGAACAGGGACUUGCUUUUAUUGUCAACUAUGACCAGGUUGUUGUUGUGGCAGCAUUUCGUUAUAGCUCGUAUUAUCUUUAUUAUUUUCAACUGCACUGGCACAGAAUUCCACUUACUGCACUCGAGACACAGUAAUGAAUAAAACCGAUUUACUGUCUAAAACUAAAGGAAA